AUGGUCCUGCUUACUAUGACUCCCGGUAUCGUCCGGGCAGUCGCAAAAGCCAAAGACGUAUUCGCCGAUGAAUACGAAAAGCUCCAGCAUGCCGACGAGCCCUCGCUUGCGGAGCCCAAAGUCGGGAAUCCCAUCUCCCACAGCCAGUUGAUCGACCUGUCAAAGCUGCUGAAGAAGCAUGUCGAUAAAGACACCAAAGACGCUUCAGAAACCACAGAAGACACCCCAUCUCCCACCCCAACGACCCUCGCCGCCCUCCUGCACAACACAACAGUCUACAUCCCACCGCCUCCCCCCAAACCCACGCAAACCCCCGAAUACCACGCCCUGAUGGCCCGUCUGCGCGCCGAGCAAGAAGCCCUCUCCUACGAACGCAUGCUACACCCACCGCCAACACGCGAAUCCUUCUCGCAGCGCUUCCCCCGCGCCCCAGAACCAUUCUCGAUAGGAGCAACACAAACCACCAGCGAGGAAGAGGAGUUAUCUUACGAAGAAGUGCAUCGGCAGAUCAUUCUCAUCAUAAACAUCUUGGUCUCGGUUGUGUGUGUGGCAGUAUUCAUAUGGGUAGCAGCGCGACACUGGAGUGUAGGCAGUAGACUAGGACUGAGCAUGGGAGGAUCAUUGGGUAUCGCAGUUGCCGAGGUAGCUGUAUACAGCGGCUACGUGAGAAAGGUACGGGAAGCGAAACGCUUAGAAAAGAAGAAACCGGAGAUCAAGGAGAUUGUCAAGACAUGGGUGUUGGGCGAGGACGAUGACAAGGAGGGUGACGCGACUGGGUGGAAGGAGAAAGACGUGGAUGGAGUCAGGUUCAGAAAGGGCAAGCAUCGUUGA